UAAAAGAGACUGCAGCACAGCUGCAAGCACAAGGGGACAGAUCCUGCCACCAACAGCUACUUGCCUGCAAGAUCCAACUACUUUGCUUAGGACUUGAGGAUUCUAAGGAUUUGUACCAAUAUCCCAAAAGGUUUGUGAGUCAUGGUCGCACAUGGAAGCUUUGCGUUGCCUUUGCUUGUGAUGGCAAUCAGCCUUAAUCUCUGUAAUGCUCUCUGGAUGGACAACAGAGACAGACGGAUGCCUCCACCAGUUGUAUCAUUCCUGGACAAAAUAAGAGGGUUUGGAAGUAAGCAGCCAGGUGGAACAGGGAAAGAACUUGCAGAUGGUCACAUACCCACAGAGCUCAUUAAGGACUAUAAACCAAGAGACAAUUCCAUAAACAGCAUUAAUACUCAUAUAAGCUCCCUUCUUCGUCCUAGAGAAAAGCGCUAUAUCUCACCAAUAUCCAUGCGUGGCUGCCACCUGGGCACUUGUCAAAUACAGAACUUGGCCAGCAUGCUAUACCGCCUUGGAAACAAUGGCUAUAAAGAUGGCUCCAACAGAGAUACCAAGGAUCCUUUAGGAUAUGGAAGGAGACGCCGCUCAUUGCAACAGAAUAAAAAGCGAACUGACUUACCAGGGAUGUUACUGGCCACAUAAGAAGCAUUCUGUGGACCAUUACGCUUACUCCCACAAAACCAAGAAUAAUGCAGCAUGGAAUCUAACAAUAAGUAGAGCAGAAUUUGUGGUCUUUAGGACUUCCUGUGGAGAAAAGCCAAAUCCCUACCUCGGACACGGGCUCCUGGGUGGUCAGACUGUAAGCAACUAGUCACAGAAGCAGAAGAUGAGCGUGUAGUGAAACCUGUAGUAGAACAAUCUAUUCACUGAUUUACCUAGUUAUUGAAGAGCCAAGCUGUAUUCUCCAUUCCCAUGCUUUGUGAAACUACUAUAAUAAGGAGUAUCGUAUCAAGCUAUAGUGAGAUAACCUGCUUGUAAACUACUGUGUAACUCAGUGUGCCAACCAUAGCAUCCACCACAUGAUAUUUAGAAUGAAAUCAAAUUAAAUGCUUUGCUUUUUGCAGAUGAAAUGACUACACUCUCUGAAAAUAAUGGGAUGCCGGGUCAGAAACAAAAGGAGCAAUGCUGCACUUGAGUGUCUAAAGCAGGGCUGGUUGACCUGCAGCUGUUAUAGAACUACCCCAACAUCCAUAUCCACCCCUAGAAAUAGGUUUACAGUUCAACAACUAAGCUUGGUCAGACAUGUUGGACUUGCAAGGAGGAAAAUGGAUAAAAUAAACCUAAUUCCUAGUACAUGCUGACGUUGCCUCCCUAAAAUUCCUCUGGCAUAUUUUGUUUAGUUAGUAACUGGUUUACUUCUCUGCUGCAUUAUAUCCCCCUUUUUUAGAUAAGUCUUAUCCUGUGACUCGGCUACUCAGGACAGAGUUUGCAGCUUACUGGCUACUGUAUGGGGUCAAGAUGAGGGCCUGCCCAAUUGAUAUCUGGUCACAGCUCUGUCAGAUAUGGGUCUAGCUAGCUGCAAAAUCACAAUAGCUUUUGAUAGUCCAGAUGGGUCUGUACAGGCCUUAAAUGUGAUCAACACCUGGGUAGCCAAAUGGGCCAAAGUUCCACUAGUUUGGCAACUUAAGCCCUAUGUUUGUUGCUUCUAGAGGUCAGAAGGACAAAGCAAUACAGCUUCUUGAAAACAUUCCUUCUUCCUAAGAGAAACACUACAGCUAAACUACAUCAUAUGCUUGCUUCCCCUCCUCCCUUACACAUUUGGGGUAGUUCAGAUUGUAAAUAUGGUAUAUAAAAUAUGAAUGUAAAUAUAUGCACACAAUACUUGUAUUUAUAGAUUUUAUAGUUAUUUGUAUAUUUAAGUUAAAUUUCUAAGUUAUAUAUUUGAUUGAGGGGGGGGGUACAGAUUGUAUUGGAAGAAAGAACAAUAUGGAAACCAAAUGGUUACAGAUCUACAAGAUUUGUCCACAGAGUAAAAAAUAUUUCUACAGACAAAA